AUGGCGCUGAUCGAAUGUCGUUUGAUUGGCUAUCUUAUUGAGGGAAUCAGUGCGGUAUUAAAACAUUGUUUUAGGGUUUCAAUUGAAUCGGUGACCCUAAGGACUUGCACUAUCCUUGUACAACACAUAUAUAUACAUACUGUAGGUUUAACAGGUGGAAUAGCUACCGGAAAAAGUAGUGUUGCUGCUGUUUUUAAUGAAUACGGCAUACCUGUUAUUGAUGCUGAUCAAAUUGCACGCAAAGUUGUAGAACCUGGAAAAUCAGUUUGGCAUAAAGUACGGAAAGAAUUUGGCCCAGAAAUAUUUUUAGAUACAAAUGAACUUGAUAGAAAAAAACUUGGAGAUAUAAUAUUUAAUGAUGUAGAAAAACGAAAAAAAUUAAAUGCUAUAAUGCAUCCAAACAUAUAUAGAGAAAUAUAUUGGCAAACACUCAAAUAUUUCAUACAAGGUCAUCAAUUUAUAGUCAUGGAUUUGCCAUUACUUUUUGAAACAGGACAUAUGGUGAAUUAUUUGCACAAAAUAAUUGUUGUAACUUGCGAAGAAGAUUUACAACUCCAACGACUUAUGGAAAGAACAGGCUGUACAAAAGCUGAAGCAAAGCUAAGAAUUGCUGCACAAUUGCCAUUGGAACGAAAAGUAGAAAUGGCGAAUUUUGUUAUUGAAAAUUCUGGUAGCAAAGAUGAUACCAAAAAACAAACUAUUAAAAUCAUUAAUGUUUUAAAAGCUUCUAAAUUCCAUUGGGAGUUACGUUUCCUUGUUGUAUUUUGUUGUACCAUUCUACUAGAAGGUGUAUGUUGGUUAAAAAAUAGAAUUUUACGGUCUUUGCCAAUUACAAAAUAA